UUAUAAUGCGAAUACAGCAGCUACUGAUUGGGUGUCUCGCCCUCAGCACACUGCUGCUGCAACUGUGCCCCACAUGGGCUGCCAGGAUAUUGGCUGUGUUUCCCUACGAUAUGCAUUCGCAGUGCAUGCUAUUGACGCCCUAUCUGCAUGCGCUGCUGCAGCGGGGUCAUCAGGUGACCUUAAUACACGCCUUCACGGAUUGCGAAAUUGUGAAGCAGCUGCACUCGAUACACAUCAAAGAUCGUUAUGACACAGUGUUCGAAUUGAAUGCCGAAGAAGUGCUGUCCAUGUCCAAAUGGGUGGAAGUGAAUUCCGCACGUAACUAUUUUGUCAAGAUUUGUAUCAAUGUGCUGCAAAAUGAAGAGGUACAGCAGCUUAUGCGAUCCAAUGUGAGCUACGAUCUGAUGAUAUUGGAGCCCUCCUAUACAGAUGCGCUCUUCGGGCUGGCUGCACAUUUCAAUGCGAAUCUAAUCGGUCUGGCCACAUGUGGUGCAGAUUGGAACAUGGACACAUUAGUGGGCAAUGUAGCAUCCUUGACGCUUGAGCCGUGGCUGCCCCAUGGCUUCAUGCCCGGCGUAACGCUGCUGGAACGUUUCUAUAACUGGAUACUCAUCUCCGAGGAGUGGAUGAUGCAUACAUUAAUAUACUUACCGUCAUUGCGAGCGGUGCACGAACAUUUCUUUGGUCACCUUAAGCAGAGCUUUGUGGAGAUACGUCAGAGCUUCUCGGUGAUAUUGCUAAACCAGCACUUUAGCCUGUUCCCGGCGCGACCCAAUGUGCCUGGCCUGGUGGAGGUGGGAGGCAUGCAUGUGCCCAAAAUGUUGGCCCCGCUAUCGCCAGAGCUGGCACAGUUUAUUGAGGAGGCACCACACGGUGUCAUUGUCAUGUCCCUGGGCAUGGAAUUGCAGAGCAAAGAUCUGCCGGCGGUGACUCUAGGACUAAUAGUAGACACCUUUGAGGAUUUGCCACAGCGCAUCAUAUGGAAAUUUGAGGGCGAUGCACGACCCAAUGUGAGCAGCAGCAUCUAUCUGGACCAGUGGCUGCCACUUCAAGCCAUCCUCGCCCAUCCCAAUGUGCGCCUGCUAAUCAGCCAUGGCGGCAUACUAAGCAUCAUUGAGGCAGCUCACUAUGGGAAACCCGUGCUGGGCUUGCCACUAUUCUUUGAUCAGUUUCGAAAUGUGGAGUGCAUGCAGGCAGAGGGCGUGGCAGAGUUCCUGGACAUUAAUUCUAUGACCAGACAGGAAUUUGAGGCAACACUCAGACAGUUGCUGGAACAACCACAAUAUCACCACAACGCUCUGCAACUCUCGGAACGCAUUCAGGAUCAACCCUUGCAUCCACUGGACACAGCGGUCUACUGGACAGAGUACGUGCUGCGCCAUAAGGGUGCGAGCCAUAUGCGGAUCUCCACCUCCAAUAUGAAAUUUAUGGACUACUAUUGCGUGGACAAUCUGUUGAUUAUCGUUGGACGACUCGGUAUUCUUGUUGGCCUUGUGGCUUAUGUGCUGUACAAGUCGUUGUGGUUUCUGAAAAGUCGCAGUUGUUCAGAAUCAAUAUUCCAAUAGCCAAUGGCGCGGCAGUCUACGAAAUUGGACAAAUACUGCUUUAUCUAAUCUGAAUGGCAAUUACUGUUUUGGUCAUUGUAAGUGAUUAUAUGAUUUUGUACUCCAUAAGUGUCCACAUAUGUAUAAAAUAUAUUAUAUGUGCAUAUGCCGGUGGUAUGUUAACUCGGAUGCAUUUCCAAUGUAUCCAUUUGAUUUACACGGAAUGCGCAACCGAGUUCCAACUGCUGCUAUGUGAAUUGAAAUAUUAUGAAUUUAAUAUGUUCCCUAUAUAAAAGUCUAAUAUAUAAUACGUACAAACAAAUAAGACUUUUCAUGUUACCUUCUUAAGUUGUUCCCUAAGAUAAUUUUCGAAUAGAAAAACUAUGUAGCCUGAAGAAAAACGUGUUGCGUUAAUGUAUAUACAGAUAUAUUUAUCUAGACCUAGGCUAGGUUAUUGAUAUAAAAAAAUAAUAACUUAGGCUAAUAGUUUAGCAAGUAUGAAAAUAAAACAAUUAUUUUAAGUAGGAAUAUUCAUUAAACUACGUGUAAAGUAUCCUUUGCUUUAUACGCCAAAUGCA